UCUGCACCACCUGCGCAGUCCGGUCAGAGCUGGCACUCGUUCACACAACUUCCUGCCGAGUCAUCGGGACAGAUCCGCAGCUCCGCUCCGGGACUCUGGCCUCCUCCAGCUCCGCUCGUCCUCCUCGGCAGCAGCGCAGACAGGACGAAGAUGUCCGCUGCGGAGAAAGGUGAACCGACAGCACCGGGUGAUUGUCAAAGGUCUGAAACGAUCCACGUCGCCGUGAAAAGUCUCCGAGAGAGCAAAGACUUCACCGUUAGAGGAGGCUGUACCGUCAGACAGCUGAAAUGGGGUCUAGCAGAGCGCAUGGGAGUCCCGGCAGAGCAGCUGGUGCUGAGCCGCUCCGGCCGGAUGCUCGGAGGGUCAGAACUCCUGAGUCACCUUAAAGCACAAGAUGAGUCAGUCAGUCUCUGCAUGAUCCAAAGGUCUCAGCAUUUAUCUGCUGCGACCACCUGUGAUCCAGGUUCAGAAAUGGUCCAGUCGGAGCUCACAGCCCUUCUCGAUCCUGACCCUGAUAGCUUCACACAGUCUCCCACCUCUCCCCUUUGUCUGGUGGAAGGUCUGGACAGUCUUGGCCUAACAAAUAGUGGGCCUGGCUUCUUUCCUGCACUCCAGCGUCCGAUGGAGAGCCAGCUGCUGGCUGACCCGGAGAUGAUGUGCCGUGUCCUGGGCAGCCCCUUCGUGCAGAGCACCCUCUCAACCUACAGCCCUCAACUAAGCAGACAGCUCAUUCUGUCUAACCCCCAAAUUCAGCAGCUCCUGCAGACAAACCCAGAGGUGGGGGAUAUCCUUAACAACACAGUUGUUAUCACACAGGUGACGGAGCGUGUCAGGAACGCUGACAUGAUGGGGAAAGUGAUGCAUGAUGAAGACAGAGCAUUAGUUAAUUUGCAGCCAAAUCAGGAAAACCCUGAAAGCAUCACUGGUGAUUCUGAUGGGUUUCAGAAAAAUGUCCAGAUCCAGAUAGGAGCACCUCCAGUGGUGACUGCAUCAUCUGGGACUCAACAGCCAACUGAAAGAGAAAGCAACGAGACUCCACAGGUCUCCAGUCCCUCCACGGAUCCUCUCAGAGAAUGGACCGCCACGGCCAGAGUUGACCCAAACCCUCAGAGCACUGUUACUGCAGGCAUGCAGUCACUGCUAGAGGAGGUCAUGGCCAGUCCAGGACUGAUGGAGAGCCUGCUGUCUGGCCCUUAUGUCAGCAGUCUCCUCAGUUGCCUCGGUCAGAACCCUGACCUGGCUGCACAGAUGCUGCUGAGUCACCCUUUGUUCUCAGGAUAUCCUCAGCUGCAACAGCAGAUGAGACAGCAGAUCCCUCUCUUCCUGCAACAGAUGCAGAGUCCAGAGCUGCUGUCAGCCAUGUUGAACCCCAGAGCCAUGGAGGCUCUGCUGCACAUCCAACACGGCCUACAGACUCUGGCUGCAGAGGUUCCUGCACUGAUACCUACAGCCAGUGUUAAUGCUGCCCCGGAGCUAGCAUCUGACUCUGUCCUUAACAGCCAAUCAGGAAGUGGUCCUCGUGUUGCCACGGUGACAGAGGAGCAGCAGCACCAGUUUGUACAACAGAUGCUACAGGCGCUGGCUAACACCAAUCAUGGGGUCCAUGUUGAGGAGGCUGAGUUCCAGGACGAGCUGGAGCAUCUGAGCUCAAUGGGCUUCAGAGACCGAGAGGCAAACCGUCAGGUUCUCAUCAGGGCUGGAGGAGACCUCACUACUGCUAUACAACAUCUGCUCAAACUCCAGUAAACACAUCACGCUACAGUGUUUCUGUGCCAUGAGGAGCUGUGCAUUUUGUUUCCCUUUGGAUUUCACUAAGCCCCAACUGAC